GUCUACCCCUUCCCUGUCAUAACAAAGAUGGCGACGAGUACUAUGACAGUGGCAGCCUUUUUGGCUAAAGUUUUAUUGCUCUCCCUCUGUUUUGUAAUCUCGAGGAGCGAAAGGGUCAAGGAAAAGAUCUACGAUAAGAUCCAGAGUGACAUGGCGUGCUUCAAGAGGUUCAACGGCACCCAUGAAAUCGGCUGCACCUCGAAAUUCAAUGGCAACAUUGGAGUGAUUCACGUUAUCAACAACAGGUCUGAUUUGGACUGGGUGCUGGACAAAGGACCCCACCAUCCCUAUAUGUUAGCCCUGACGCCCGAGUUCCUGACCGUGAGUAAUUUGCGAGAUGCCCAGGAUUCGGGCAAAGUGUCAGGAGUCGUCGUUUUGGUGCACGAAGGGUUCGACCCCGAGAAAAUGCUGACCUCAGGAUUCUCUGGCGACUACCCAUGCCCCAACGAAGAGUACGGUCUUUAUAAUCACUCGAGUGACACGGAAUACACCAAUUACUGUCAGAAGAACCCGUGGAACCCGCCAGGUUCUGCUCUUCUCUUUUCCAACUGGGAAUUCCCGAUCUUUCUCAUUGAUAAUCAGACCUCUGUGAGUAAUAUCAUUACCUGUUAUGAGGAAUUUAAUGCACCUAAAGAUGGAGAACCACGGUCUUGGCCCCUGUGUGCUCUCGAACUGAAAUCUCACAUGUUUGGAACAACAAACACGGAAGUCUGCAUGAGACGCGCUACUCUCCCAAGUCUGUUCAGCACGGUUAACUUCUGUGACCCUCUCUACGACUUCAAUAUAUGGGGCACUGUUAAGCCGAUGAAUGCUUCAGAAGAUCUGGCCGACCAGUCUGUAAUUAUUGUUGCAGCAAGAAUGGAUGCAGCAUCCAUGUAUGACAAUAUCUCCCCAGGAGUAGCUUCUGCAGUUGCUGGAUUGGUUACACUAAUGUCUACAGCAGAAGCUAUUAACAGACAUAAGGAAGAGAUCAUGGCCGCUGAAAGUAACAAAAACAUCAUGUUUAUUCUUUAUCAAGGAGAAACUUGGGAUUACAUCGGCUCCUCUCGUAUGGUAUGGGACAUGGAGAAGGGGGAAUUUCCAUUCCAAAAGCAAGAGGAUAUAUCAGAUCAGAUGUCUCAAAUCAAUUUCACUCACAUUGAUUACUUCAUUGAAAUUUCACAGGUUGGAAAGAUGGAAGAGAAACGUUUGUAUCUUCAUACCGAUCCAGUUUCUAAUAGUGAUCCUGUGAUUAAUUCACAGACUGGGAUACUGGUGACAGCUUUCAACAUGUCGGUUUCAAACUCCAGCAGUGGCAUUAUAUUUGAAAAGGCCCCAGAAGAAGCACCUCUUCCUCCAGCAUCUUUUCAGAGUUUCUUGAAGCAUGUCAACAUAUCUGGUUUGGUUAUUGCUGAUCAUAAAGGAAGUUUUAAGAACAAGUUUUAUCAGACAGUAUUUGAUGAUCAUCGAAACAUUAAAGGAGAAGUCUUAGCAGAUGUUGCCAGUGUUUUAGCAACAACACUUUAUACCAUGGUGGUUGGCAGAGAAUAUAAGGAGAUAAUUGCUGAUAAAAAUUUUACAGAAGUUUUGCUGGACUGUUACUCAAAAAAUGCAAGUUGCUCAAUGUUUAAAGACUUUGGUGGAUACUUGUUGAAAAAUGAAAUGAAUGAUGGUAAACCUGCUAAGAUGUAUGUUAAUGUCAAGAGAGGAGAAACUGGAAGAACUUAUGUCACAAGCAACAUUUUUGCAAGAGUCAUGGGAGAGGAAGUGGAUUUGAAUGAAACUGAAUGCAAGUCCAAUAGUUUUUACCAAGUAUAUCAAUAUUUUUAUCUUCCUAGGGUUUCCAAUGGUACAUGUUACCGAACAACUGCUAGAAAGACUGAGGCCAUGAGCCCUGCUUUUAUGAUUGAAGACUAUGACUGGCAGUCAGGGAUGUAUUCAACUUGGGCUGAAAGUGGAUGGCAAGCAAUUGAUGCCAUGUUAUUUCUCCGCCCAUCAGUAGUAGAAGAAGUGGCCUUAGUGUGCGGCGGUGUUGUUUCAAUUGUAACUUCAUUUGCGCUUGUAUAUUUCAUGAACUCUAGGUCAGACUUGCUUUUUGGGUUACCAACACCACCAGCUGCAUGCUAGGUUGAUAAUUCCAUUUGUAAAUAGGCUAAGACUGAAAUGUGAUUGAGAAAUAUCAGUGAAUGUGAAAAACAGUUGAGCAUUUCCCUGGGUGAAAUAGACUUUUAUAUAUCAAAAUGUCAUUUACCAAUGAACAGUGGCAUUUUGUAGUAAAGUUGUCUUGUGAUACUGAUGAUUUUAUUGUGUCGUACUGGCUGUAAAGCUAAAAACAUGCCUUUUUUUUCUUGCUUUAUCUAAUUUUAAGUUUCUAUUUAAAGUUUUUAAUUUACAUUAACUUUUGGAUGGUUAUUGAUAUUAACGAGAUCUCGCAUAGACAAAGUAUUAUACAUUUCCACACUAUAGUAUUUGGACUUGUGCAUCAGGGAUAUUUGUAAGUAUAGUGUGGUGAUGUGUGAAAUAAACUAAAAGCAUUACAAAAUAUAACAUUAUGAAAUUUUUGGUACUGAAGUGAAAUUGAUGAUGUUUAUGCAUAAUUAUUUGUAAGAAUAAGUAGUAGCUUAAUAGUACAAUGUACAUCUUGGUUUUCAUGUGAAUUAAAUUUUGAACCUUCACAAAAUGUGAAUAUCUAAACGUGGACAUAAUUUUUUUUGUGGUGUGCCAUUAUUUAUGUGCUGUACUGUAUAUUACCUUAACUUUCCCACUUGAAACAUUUGUUGAAAUGUCUGUUGCCAUGAACAUGUUGCAGUAUUGUAGGAAGUGAGUGCAUUUCCAAGUUAUUGGGUACUAUUAUUGUAUGAGAGGAAAUGGGUUAAGUACCAGAUUACACAACAUAAGGUUUUGAACUGUAGAUGGUAAUGCAUUUAAUUAACAAGAGAAUGUGUGGUACUUGCACAGAAAAAUCUCAAUGUAUCCUCAUGCUUUUGGAAAAAGUAUACCAUAUUUAUUGAACUGGUCAAGCUGAAACCCGUGCAGAGAAGUUUUGUAAAACAUGCAGAAGUAUAGUGUAUUUUCAACACUUGCUGUGUUGAAAUAAAUGUUUGUACUGAUCCAUUUGUUGGAGAGUUCUUUAUGUCUUGUCUUUGUAGAGUGUGCGUCAAGUGCUUAUAUCUUCUUUUUAUUCUUUCGUAUCAAUAUGGUGUUCAAAUGAUACCAUGGCACACAGCUGUUUGAUUAUUUGAAUAAUGAUGAGCAUGCAUCAUAUUAUUAGCAUCAGUAUCACUGAAAUUUGGCCGAUAUUGAAAAAUCUUACGUAGAAAGUGACAAAGUCUUAUAAUUAACAAAGUUCAUACCGUCAAAUACUCUUAAGGGGCUAAUGUAUUAAAAAUUGUUUUUCUUAACAUUGAAAGUUCCUAGGUUUAGUAGAUGGAUGGUUAGUGAACUCUCAGUAAUGUUCGCUGAGAAGGGAAACCAAUCUAGGAGAGUGGAUGUUAGCAGUGGAGCUGCUCAUCAGGGUGUGUGAAAAUGGUAUAUUGGAUGACUCCUUCAGUAAUUCAGCUUCUACUUACAUAUCAAGGACAAGUUCUUUUUUAUGUUUUGCUUCCCUUUAUGCCUGAACUUGAGAGGAUUUUGUGAAAGAAAUUUAUUAAAGUUAUUAAAUAGCUGUCAUAUUUGCAUGUUGAUGAGUAGCCAAUUCAUUCCAGACUUUUAACAAUUUCUCAGGAGGAGUAGGUCUGCUAUAGUAUCUCUUUCAUUUUGCAUCACCAAAUUACAGAGAUUGAAUUCUUAUUUGAGGGCUGUUAGUAAGGUUUUGGUUUUAUAUGAUUCUUAAAUCUUUUAGGGCUGUCUUGGAAGUUUUUUUUUUCUAUAGAAAAAUGAAGCAUGGACUCCCAUGUCUAAUAAAUUGGUAAGAAUAGUUUGCUUUUAAAUCUAGACUUGGUAGACAAAAGUCUUGGAAAGGGUUUUGUAGUCAGAAUAUGUCAUUUUCUGUUGGUUGAGAUUAGAACUGCUACUUGAAGUAUGUUUUGUGAUGAAUAUUACAUACACUGCUUAGGUAUUAAUGGAGACUGAACACUGAUGGAUGGUUGUCAAUUUUCCUGUUUAAGUGAAACUCAUGCAUCAUGGAAGCUUAGUUGGCUCAUUUGUUAAUUUUGCUGUUUGCCAGGUGGAAAAUUUUCUAAUUGUAUCUUGCUUGAACAUACAUGAAUAUUUAAAAGACCUUCAGUUAUCUUUUCUGUGCAGACUACCCAGUUGUAUGGUUGGGCAUGACCAUUAGUAAUUGUAGCAAGUUCCAGGAAACUUCUGGUGCAGUGGCUCAUUCUUUGUGCAUGCCCAUGAUUAAAGAGCACCUUCUUUUUUUAGUUAUUAUCCCCGCUAGCUUUUCUUUGCUCUUUUGUACUGACUGGAUGGUAACCGUUUUAUCCAUGCCUCACUGGUUAUAAUUGAAUCAUUUCAUCAGUUUCUACAGUUUUUCACUCAAGUUUAUCCUUUCAUUUGUAAACAUUUUUUACUUUGCUGUUGUAUCACUGUUGGCAUGAUUUACUUAUAAUUGGCAGAUUUACUUAUCCAGUUUUGUUAGGAUAAGGUUUUAUUCCCUGAACAAGUAUGUAUAGUACUUUUUGUUUAUUCUGAGAGGCAUACAAACUUUAGCUACUCACUCAGUUUUGUAUCUUAAGAAAAAUACAAAUUACAUUUAGUACCCUUUUAAGUGAUACUUUUUCCAACAAUUUUUGUUUUAUUUACUGAUAAUUAAGUCCCCCAGUGAGGUGUAUAUCUCAGCUGCAAUUAUGAAGUUCAAUUCUCCAACUGUUAUUUAUGAGAACUGCUAAAUCACACAAAUAAAUCAUGGCUGUUGUCUGGUGUAGUUAUGUUUUAGAUUAUUUGUGAUUCUCCUCAGAAUUAUUUUUGGAUCAGUUGAAAUAAAUUUGUAAUCAGACACAUCCUAAAACUAUCUGUUCAAAGAGUUUUUAAGUGAAUAUUUUUUUUACACUAUGUCCACUCAGUAGUCCAGCGUUACUGUAUGUGGCAAGGGAAGAUUAAAUUUCCCUUUUUCAUCUGUCUUCAGUUACCAGUUCUUUUUAUAUAUCUGCUUGUUUCCAUUCUGUCUUUGAACAAGGAAAAUUGUAGCUUAACUUUUCUUUUGUGUCAGAUUUCUGGUUUUCAAGCUCCUCCAGCUUUGAGAAAUCAUAUUGUUCAAAUUAUUAAGUGGCAGAUUUUAUAAUGCAUAGCUAGUAGAAUUAAAAACUCUAAUUGUAAAUUCUCUUUCCUUAAAAAGAUUUUUUUUUAUUUUUUGCAAUGGCUUGCAUACAUACAUACUAUUGCAAUUUUUUCUUUAGUUUGUGGGAGUAAGAAAUAAUAGCUACCGUAUUUUUCAAACUGGCCUGUUGCUAAAUUAAUUAUUCUUUGAAGGUUCUUUAUGCUUUUAUUGUGACAAGUAUUUUAUUACUGAAGCAGGUUGUAAAUUAUAUUUGUAAUUAAACACAUUCCAUAUCCCUUGGAACUGGCUUUAGAGUGUAUCUUAGCUUGUCUGUAAUCUUGACUGAUAGUCACAGAUGUCAGUCAUCUUUGGUUGUAUACAGUUAUCAUUGAUGAAAAAGGCAACAUUUGGUAUCAGAAGCACUUCUGUCAUGUUAUGGUGUAUGUAGUUUGCAGCAGCAUAGGUAACCUUUUUAAAAAAGAUGUGUGUCUUUAAAAUUCUAAUGAGCAAUUUGAUAUGGUCCUGAAUGUGAAUCCUUAAAAAAUUUGAUUCUAUUGUAUGUUGUUUCUCCAAAGCAUAUGCACAGGUGCUUUAUGUAUUUAUUUUAUCCUUGAGAUUGGUACUCCAUUUGUAAAGGCAUAAUUCAGUUUUCUUUAUUAGAGAAAUAAUCAUGCCUUUACAGUUUGUUUCCAUGUUCCAUUUCUUUAUUGAAAUUUGAAGGUGCAUAUUGAUAUACAAAGUUUAUUCUCUUAUUUAAGGGACACUUCUUAAAGUAGCUUGAAAAUUUUGUUUCAGAAUGAAAAGUUAUGGGUUGUUUAGCAUGUAUGUUUUGAGUAGAGUUUUCAUCCCAUUUAGGUCCUGUUUUAGGUUCUUAGAUGUUCUGUGCAUUCCUUUUUCUCGCUGUAACCUUUAGGUUCUGUGCAGGCACCAGUUGUCUUCAUGGAGAUCUUUUGGGGAUAAUCUACAUUCCAUAUAAUUGUUUUGGGUAGUUUAACAUAUAUUACUGUUCUUGUUUUAAUGGUAAAUAUCUAUGUAAAUGCUAGUUCAAGGCUGAAUGUCAUUAUUCAUCCUUCUAGCUGUGUCUCAUUUCAUCAUUUGUAACAGGCAUUUACCUUUUUUUCACUUUUAUUUUGGAGAACCAGAAACAGUGUGAUAUACCUCUUUGGAUAUUUGCAUUUUGGUUCUGGGAAUGAUUUUCUACCUGCAAUUUUUUAUUGUACCAAAGAAAUAGAUGACAUGACAAAUCUUUUGUAAUAUUAGUAGUGUGUGCUAUGUAAGCUGUAUAAUUGCUGUAAAUAAAUAUUUUUUAACUUUC